AGCUCGCAAGAGAAUCAUUCUCCUCUCCGGCUUGGUGCGAUUGCAGAUACGGACGCAAACGACGAUCAAAAGCAUAUCAGGGGCGGACUUGCUCUCCUGAAUCACGGCAUCCUCGAGACUGUCGACUUACCUCUUAUCUUCGAAGUGGCCUGGAGGGGACUCACCCUGGAAGAAUUCCCCUCCUUGAGGCUCAUCUUGAACACCAAUCCAUCAGGCUGUGGUUACACAAGUGAACAGACUUCACUAUUGACCAAGCGUAGGGAACGUUCGAGGAACUCCAGCCUUGCAUAA